AUCGGCAGACACAUGUUUUCACCGUCGUCGACGAAAGCGGCCUGGUGGCUGGCCACAUUUUUUAGUGUAUUCGUAACAGGUGAAAUGCCGAUUCAGGCGGAACUAGAACCUGAGUUUCUUCAGGCUCUAGAAAACCACACAGUCACACAAGGAAGAGACGUACACUUCACAUGUGUCGUCAACCAUCUAUCAAAUUAUAGGGUGGCGUGGAUUAAGUCAGACUCGAAGGCGAUUCUGGCAAUACACACGAAUAUGGUGGCGCUGAAUCCUCGGCUGAGCGUCACAUACAACAACCACAAUACGUGGAAGUUGCACGUAAGCAACGUGCAGGCCAACGACUCUGGCACCUACAUGUGCCAAGUUAACACAGACCCUAUGAAGAGUCAGAUGGGUCAUUUAUCCGUGGUGAUCCCGCCGGACAUAGUGGACAGUGUGACGGAGGGUAGCUCGGCACAAGAGGGCGGGAGUAUAAGAUUGACGUGCACCGCAACAGGGGUGCCACCGCCGACCGUGUUGUGGCGACGGGAGCACAACCGACCCAUAGUGUUUAGACACGACGGUGGCAGGGAGCGAAAAGUUGUGGACAGUCACAGAGGCGAGACCUUGGAGUUGGCUCAUGUGCAGAGGACGGACAUGGGCGCCUACUACUGCAUCGCCAGCAAUGGGAUACCGCCCACAGUCAGCCGGCGGUACCACGUGGAAGUGCAUUUCAUACCACAAGUGAAAGUCACCAAUCAACUAGUGGGGGCUCCGCUGGGCAGUGACGUAGAACUCCAGUGCUUCAUCGAGGCCUCCCCUAAAGCUAUGAACUCCUGGUACCGAGAAGACGCACUAUUAAGCGACAAAUUGACCGAGAACCCGAAACUUCGUGUAUCAGAAACUAUAAUGAACGAGUACUCGCUUUGGAUAAACUUGACUAUAAAGUCCUUGGCUCUAGCAGACUACGGAACUUAUGUGUGCGCCUCUGUCAAUGCACUGGGAAAGAUGGAGAGCCAAGUCAGUUUGCAUAGAUUAGAACUAAGCAUGAACGGUUUCGGGGCCGAGGAGCCGAUGGUCUCCGGCGCAGCGUGGCAGCGCGCGCGCCACUCUCCGUCCCACCGCGCGCAGCCAGCCGCGUCGCACGCCCAUCAAUACUUCCUUGCGCAACAUCUACCACCACAGCUGUACGCUUUACUACUAACUGUGCUGCGAUAUAUACAUACUUUUUAGGCGGUUAUACUAUUUUCUGUGAACUAAGUUUAUGUUGAAUAGAUGUGGACUAAAUACCGCUCACCUACUUAUAUCAAAUCCCAAGACAUUGUACUUGAAAUUGUUUGGUCGACUGGCAUGUUUGUCAAUUUAAUCGGUAUCGACAAACCUUCCUAGAAUGUCGAUAUUGUGUUUAACAUAU